CUUCACUCUCCCCACUCAUCAAUCAACCUUCAAUCCCGCCUCUGUUUGAUCGCCCAAUUAAAUUCACAAUGGAUCCCAAUCCCAAAUCCUUCUCGAUUCUCUACUACGUCAUGCAGCGCCUGCCGUCGAUCAGCCCCAAAGCUCCUGCUACUGCUCCUCCUCCGGUCGCCGCCUUCGACGUCGAGCAACCGCCGCCACCCCGCUCUCCCUUCGAUCCUUCCUCCUCCUCUUCCCCUUCCUCGUCUCCCUCCGGCCAGACUCACCUCCUCUCCGUGAUGCCCAAUCUCAAAGUGCCGGUAAUUGCGUCGCGACGGGAAGAUGACGUCAACGGGUGCAGGUCCACUAGUGCUGCCGCAGGAGAAUAAAGUCCCACAAAGUGCCGGUAGUUG